UCAUAUAAACAGACAGACAGACAGUGAUGCUGCUUUCACACGACCUGACAAACGCUUAUAAUGCAAACCAAGACGUCCAUCCCCAGUUUAAUAUAGAUAUUAUCAUUGAGCGAUGCCUCAGUUGAACGCACAAACUUGAAGGUAUGAAGGAUUGGAUUUAGCCAGCAUGCUAGUUCAGCCAAAGCCAAGGAACAACGGUUAGUCAGCUUUUUCAUAACACAGUAUACUCCAAACUCAAGAGCUGGUCAAGAUGCCUUGGCCAUUUUCUGAGUCCAUUAAGAAGCGGGCCUGCAGAUACCUGCUGAAUCGAUAUCUCGGCAAUUUCCUCCAAGAGAAGCUCAGUUUGGAUCAGCUUAGCCUGGAUCUCUAUCAAGGCACAGGCUCACUUGCUCAAGUGCCACUGGACAAAUGGUCACUGAACGAGAUCCUGGAGUCUGUGGAUGCUCCAUUUGAAGUGAGUGAGGGCUUCAUCCAGGCCAUAUCCCUGACUGUGCCGUGGGCCUCGCUGCUUCAGGACAACUGUGCACUGGAAGUGAGGGGCUUGCAGAUGGUCUUCAGGCCAAGGCCUCGAAUUGCAUCUGGGAUGGAGCCCAUGUACUGGUCCAGCUUCAUGACCAGCAGUAUGCAGCUGGCCAAAGAGUGUCUAAGCCAAAGACUCACUGAUGAUCAGGGAGAGAGCUUCCAGCCUCUGGAGGGCCUGGAGAAGUUUGCCGAGACUAUUGAGACAGUUUUAAGAAGAGUUAAGGUCACAUUUGUGGAUACUGUCCUGAGGAUGGAACAUGUUCCAGAAAAUUCUAAAACUGGAAUUGCCCUCGAACUCCGAAUCAAUAAGAUGGUUUACUGUGAUGAGAGUGUAGAGGAGUGCUCCAGUGUCAAUAUCCAUCAACCCACCACAUUUGCACAUAAAAACCUGACUCUGGAUGGCGCCUCAUUGUUCUGGGAUGAGUUCUCAGAAUCAGUGCGUGCAGGACUCAAAUCAUCCCCCACACAUACAGAGACGGAACCUAAGCUUUCACCGAGCUGGAACCCAAAAAUCAUCUGUGAGCCUCACCCUCAGUUCCCAGAGCCUGUGUCUUCAUGUACACCAUUUGAGCCAGUGCAGGUGGGCUGCCUCAGUGGAAGGCUGGAGCUGUCCGUGGUUCUGAAGCAAAAUGAAGCCAUGCCUGGAGCCAAGUUGGACAUUGAUGGAAAGUUUGAUUCUCUAAUAAUGCUGCUCUCUCCACGACAAGUCCACCUCUUACUGGACAUGUUUGGGGUCUUCUCCAGCUCAGGGCAGGAGUCGUCUGCUUUUGGGAAGGACAGGAAGAGUCGGCCCAUGCAACAGGAGGACGAAUAUCGCCUCCACAUGGAGCUCAACCGCUGCCUGAAGAAGGACAUCAUUACAGGGGCCUCCGACCGGGACUUGUUUGAGAGUCAGGCCACGAGAACGGUGUCCAGCAGAGAGGAUGUAUUUUUCUCCAUGGCUGAUAUGGACAUAUCACACAGCCUAUCAUCUCUUCCUCCUCUUGGGGAUCCACCCACUGUGGAUCUGGAUUUGUCUCUUAAUAGCAACUACUCCACCUCAUUGGGGGAGUCGCCAUCUGGAAAUGUAGCCAUGGUGUGGGAUGAGUACAUGGAUGUUACUAGACAAAAGGAGAAACAGACUAUUGAGACACCACAGCUUUCACGAGAUCCUCACUUCCCUCAAAAUCUGCUCCGGCAGACCUCACAUCCAUCUAAGGGCCACUGUGAUGAGUCAAGGCCUGAGCUGGUUCUCAGGCUGACAGUGGGAAGUCUUUGCUUGUCUGUGCUCCAUAUCGACCCCCUCCCACCUCCAGACUCCUCCCUCAGCCCUCUCGCACCAAUGGCCUCAGAGUUUUUCCGUAUUCUGUCUUUAAAUCAACUCCCUGUAGGGGGUUUCCUCCAAUCACGCACUAUCUUUGAUGAAGCCUGUCCACAUGAUCAUCUCAGGUUCAUAGGUCAGGGAUUAAAGGUGACAUAUGAGCACUGCCAAGGAUCCAGUGUACGGAUGCUCAACACAGAUCUCUCGCUAAGUCAGGUGGAGCUGUUGGAAUGUUUAUACUCUACUGACAGCCACAUUACACAGAAUGGAGCCGAGUACACAGAGCUUCUUACAUUUGACGUCCCAGUCAGUAAUGAGUCUCCGUCUCCCACUUGCCUUCAUCUACUCUACAAACUAACAGAACGCAGAGGCCCACAGGGUGGGCAGGUACGUCUGAGCGCUGUACCUCGUAAGGCAGAGUUGCAGGUGAACUUAGGUAAAGUGCGCUCCGAGUGUGACGUCAGCAUCGUGGACAGACUUAACUCUCUUCUCCAGCCCCAGAAACUGGUUACUACGGAGAUGAUGGCAUCCCACAUGUUCACAUCCUACAACAAGCAUGUCAGUCUGCACAAGGCCUUUGCAGAGGUCUUCCUGGAUGAUAACCGAACCCCAGCGCACUGCCUUGUGUCUGUGUCUAUAAACGCCCCCCUGCUGGUGCUGGUGGUGCGCUUUCCAAUCCCGGACUUGCGCUCUGAUCAGGAGAGGGGCCCCUGGUUUAAGAAAUCCCUGCAAAAAGAGCUGCUGUGCCUGGAACUGGAGGAUUUGGAGCUCAAGACGGAGUUCACUGGAGGAAACUCAUCAGAGCAGACCAAGAUGGAGCUCACGUUCAAAGAGCUCAGUGGGUCAUUCCAAAAAGACAAAGAACACCCAGCAGCCAGGUUCUUACGAGUAGCUAACACCAUGGAGGAGAACAUGACAUCUUCUGACUGUGGCAAAUUCGACUGGCCCAGAGUGGUACUGAAGGUGAACCCCAUGACCGUGCACUCCAUCCUAGAGCGUAUAACAACUCAGGAAGAGGAGGAAGAUGUGGAUGGUCACUCACAGGAGGAAGAAGAAGAAGAGGAAGGAGCAGCCCACUCCCUGAAAGAUGUGUGUGAUUUUGGGAAAUCUGAGCCCUCACCCUUCUCUUCACGCCGUGUCAUGUAUGAGAACGAGGAGAUGGUUAUCCCAGGAGAUGUGUUGGAGAUGACUGAAUUCCAGGAGAAAACCAUGAGCAACUCCCGCUAUAUCCUGGAGCUGUUUUUCCCCAAUGUGCAGCUCUCUUUGCCCAAUAAAGCCUUUUAUGAGAAACUACACAACAGAAUUAAUAAUGACCUGCUGCUGUGGGAGCCCACUGCUCCAUCUCCAGUGGAGACGGUGGAGAACAUACCAUAUGGAGUGGGCCUUUCUGUAGCCAGUCAGCUCAUCAACACCUACAGUAAAGACAGCUUCGGUCAGUUCAGAUCUACUGGCCCUGAGGAGGAGGAGAGCGGUUCUGAGGAGGAGAUCCUGCAGUAUUACACUCCUGCUGAACUGGGCUACAGGAACAGGAGGAAGAAGAAAAGGAGUAAGAUUCAGCCCAAGAACUCACAGAGCCACUUCUCUAUCAUGCUGUCUGUGAACCACGGCCUGCUGACUAUAAACACAGAGCUUAAGCAGGAGGAUCAGAGCAUGUUCCCAAAAAAACAUGGAGAGUUCUGGAUGGAAGUAAAAAACGGGACGCUGUUUGGCGUGAUGCAGCAUGAGGGCUACAAAGAUCAGCAUUACAUCUGUUUCCACACAUCUCAGGCCUUUCUCUAUCACCAUGGUACAGUGGAUGGAGAUGCACCUGAGUGGAGUGUUGAUCUGCCCUGCAGGACGCGCCCGCAUUGGCUGGAGCCUGUGAUGUAUGCUUCUGAAUCUGCCCCAGAGAGUAUGUCUCCCUCUGAAGGGCUCAGUUUAGAGCCUCACAGUAUGCUGUCUGUCGCUGUUAAAAUCUCCUCCCACAACACUGAUCGCAAUGUCAAGGAGUUUCUUAUUGCCACUGGCAUGAGGGGAGUUACACUGCAGCACAGAGUGGUGCCUUCAAGUCUGGGCUGGUACGGCCAGAUAGUUGACUUUUUAAAUGUGUCAGAUGAGCCAGUGCUUGGUUAUACCCCCCCAUCAUCUGUCUCCACCCUACAUCUCCACUUGUGGAGCUGCUCCCUUGAUUACAGACCCUUAUAUUUACCUGUGAGAUCUCUGCUGACAGUGGAGACCUUCAGCAUCUCCAGCAGUGUGUCUUUAGAUCACUCAUCCUCCACUCUCAGAAUCAUUUUAGAUGAGGCUGCAUUGUUUUUGUCUGACAAGAAUGCUUUGUCUGUUAAUUUGGCUCGAGACUAUGUACAGGUGGUUGAUAUGGGAACUCUAGAAUUGAGAAUCACAGCAGUCAAACCAGGAACAGACGGCAAAAUGACAGAGCCAAGGUUUGAGCUGCGUUGCUCAAGUGAUGUUAUUCACAUUCGCACCUGCUCUGACUCCUGUGCUGCACUCAUGAACCUUAUACAGUACAUUGCCAGUUAUGGGGACCUAAUGCCCCCUUCUGGCCUGGAGCCCAAAAGCAGAAGCACUAAGCGAAGAGUGAAGACUGAGGCAGUGAGUCGGCCACCAGCUCAGACUCCUUUACUUCCUGAAGCAGAGCAGCAAAUUCUUCAGGAUCUUAUGAGUGAUGCCAUGGAAGAGACAGAUGGCCUGCAGAGCCAUACACUGCAGCAGAAUGGUGUCAAUGAACAUCACUCACGUGACCACGACCAACCCCGCUCUGAUCUCUUCCUCUUCCCUGAUGAGAGCGGGAAUCUGGGACAGGAGCCGAGUCCCACCUACCCCACCCUGCACUCCCCACUCAUCUCCCCUCCUGUCCCCUCCCUGCCCCAAGACUCUGAUGACUUCUGCAUCCUGGACACGCCUGGUUCCAGAGUAGGGGAGAAGGAUGAGGAGCCCAUGGUAAAGAAACUGACCUCUGAACCUAUCCUAGUGAAGGAUGACCACUUCAGUCUUCCUUUGGGGGGCAACAGCUCUAACAGGGGGCCACUUCACUUCCCUGUGCCUGAAGUCAGAUACCUGGUCAAAGAGAUCUCUGUUGUGUGGCACCUCUACGGAGGAAAGGACUUUGGUGGUGGAGUGCUCUCCUCCUCACCAGCUCGCAGUCGAGGGUGCACUCCUCACAGCUCUCCAUCACAGACUCCUGUAAGACAGGCCAGAAGAGGUUCUCGUGCUGGAGGAGGAUGGGGUAGAAACCCUGAUGUUCUGAUGGAGAUUCAACUCAGUAAGGUGCGGUUCCAACAUGAGGUGUAUCCUCAGAUGACUCAAGAGGUAGGAGUUUUGGUGGAGCAGCCAGUGUCCAGACAGGUGUUCUCAGUGCAGGAUCUGGAGAUACGAGACAGACUGGCCUCCUCAAUGAUGAACAAGUUCCUCUACCUGUACUCCAGUAAAGAGAUGCCCAGGAAAGCUCACUCCAACAUGUUAACCAUCAGAGCCCUGCACGUAUCUCCAGAAGCUGGACAGGCACCACAGGAGUGCUGCCUGCGUGUUUCUCUAAUGCCUAUCCGCCUGAACAUUGACCAGGAUGCUCUGUUCUUUCUAAAGAACUUCCUCAGCAGUCUGGCAGCAGAUGUCGAGCUAUUCUCCCCACCAGAGCAGGAAGCGUUCUGCGUGUCGAUGAAGAAGCCUCCUGGCCCUGAGGUUUCCUGUAGUUUUUCCAAGUUCAACAGUGGAUCGAGUCAGGACCCUGCACCCAUCAUCUCUGUGCCAACACAAACCCGCAGCAGUCCCAGCCUCAUCAACACCUGCAGCCUAGACAACACCACUGACACAGAGACUGGCUUCACAGACCAGCCCAUAUUCUUUAGAGAGUUCCGGUUCACCUCUGAGGUGCCAAUUCGAUUAGACUACCACGGAAAACACAUGGCCAUGGAGCAGGGCACAUUUGCUGGUAUUGUGAUUGGACUGACACAGCUGAACUGCUCAGAGUUAAAAUUACGCCGAUUGUGUUAUAGACAAGGAUUAUUGGGUGUUGACAAGCUCUUUGCAUAUGCCAUUAACGAGUGGCUCAAUGACAUUAAGAAGAACCAGUUGCCAGGGCUGCUGGGAGGAGUGGGGCCCAUACAUUCCCUGGUGCAGCUAGUUCAGGGUUUUAGGGAUCUCGUGUGGCUACCCAUCGAGCAGUACCGUAAGGAUGGGAGAAUAGUGCGUGGCUUCCAGCGGGGCACUGCCUCCUUUGGAACCUCCACCGCGAUGGCAGCCCUGGAGCUCACCAAUCGGAUGGUGCGAACAAUACAGGCAGCUGCUGAAACUGCUUAUGACAUGGUGUCUCCAGUGCCAGAUGAGAAAGAAUGCAAGAAGAUCAAACGGUACUCGCAUUACUGCCUAGCACAUCAGCCAGUGGAUCUCAGAGAGGGAGUCGCCAAGGCAUACAGUGUAGUGAAAGAGGGCAUAACAGACACAGCCCUGACCAUUUAUGACACUGCCACACGUGAGCAUGAACAGAGGGGCAUGACGGGCGCUGUGGGCGGAGUCCUGCGACAGCUUCCACCCGCUGUCGUUAAACCUCUUAUCGUUGCCACGGAAGCAACUUCCAAUGUGCUGGGAGGCAUGAGGAAUCAGAUCCACCCAGAUGCGCGUCAGGAAGAGUCCCAGAAAUGGCGCCUGGGGGAAGAGUGAUCAGUGCUCCGAAACUUGAUCUGGUGGCUUGCAUUAGAUCAAAAUUGAUAUUCGUACUGACCUAUCAGCCUAAAUUAUGUGUGCUGACUAUGUUUGAUUAGUGUGUUGGCGCCCAUACAGAUAAUAUGAAGCCAGUUUUUUCUGUUUGCUGCUAAUGCUUUAGUUUAAAGCAGUCUGGGUGUCAAUUACAGAAAACUAGAGGCUGCAGUAGACAAGUCUAACCCAAAUGAAUUAUUAAAGGUACAUGAGGAUUGAGUCAUCAAAAGUUCUCGAAGCUGCAUGACUAGAAAUGUGUGCUGGAGUAGAUUUAACCAGAUUGUCUCUGCUCCCACCACCAACAAAUAUCCUCGUAGUGCCUUCAUGUCAUUAAUAUCAUAUGAUCAUCAGUUUGUGAAUGAGAUGGUUAAGUGUCUUGAGAUAAACAAGAUUACUGUGCCAUGUUUUUUUUCUCUCCAUUCAAUUCUAAACCAAUGUCCAUUUAACACAAAACACAGUUCACAGUCUAAAUUCCACAACAGUUCAAAGUUGACUGUAAGAGGGAAUCUUACAACGAAAUGUCCGGGUCACAUUUCACCCUAAAUAUCAAAGAAAACAAGGAAAUUAGACGCCUAAAAAUUAAGCAUGUUUUUGUACCAUUUAAGCUUUUUGCAAUGUGACAUAAUUUACAUGACAAAUAAGGCACAAAUACUCAAUUCUUAUUACUGUAAUGUGAAAAAAUUUCAUUCUGUUUUUUUUUUUUUUAUUUAUUCACAAUUAAAAUCAGCAUACAUUAAAUUGAACACCGCAAAUGCUACCAUGAUGUAUAGUUUAAUUGCACUUUUUAAAUGUGCUUCACAAAAAAAAAGAUAUAUUCUUUUUUUCACAUUACAGUAAUUCAAAUAUGAUCUGUAAUGUCACAAUGCAAAAUAUCUUAAUAGUCCUAAAAAUGUAUUUGCUUUGAACAAAAUAUGAUUCCUUUUUUUUCUUCUUUUGAUUUUGCAAAAAUAUGAUCUGGUCAUUUCUUUACAGUUGUCAUGGAAUUCCCUCAAUAUGGCUUAGCCUGUUGCAAAUACAAUGCAAGUCAUUGCUUACACCCUCAAAAAACAUGAAAAGGAUUCAAAUCAGCCAUUUUUACAUAAUACAUAAUUUAUACUUCCUACAAUAAUCAUCUCCUUAUAAAAAAAUAAUAAUAAUAAUAUAUAUAUAUAUGUUAUUAGCUGUUUAAAUAGAAGACAGUGUAGACUCUUGUUUGUACCUGAUAAAAAUGGCUUUCAAGUAACACAAUGUUGUGUAUUGUUUCUCUUUACAGUUACUGUGUAAGAAAAUAGUCUCAAACAUGCUGAAUGUUUUACGGUUAAUAUUAACUAGCAUUUUUUACUUCAUUGAUCCCAGAAAGUUGUUUUCAGUGCUGUUGUGUCAGGACAGCAUCUGCUUGAGUGACAUUCCUAAGCAGCUGCAUUUCAGGAGUCUUGUGGAUGGUCAUUAGAUAAGGACACAAACUCAUACGUAGUUUUCCAUAUUGUUUAAAUCUCAUAUAUUAAAAAAAACACGUUUUAAUUCUCCGUUCUUCAAUGUCAAUGUACCAGACAUUUUUGUUUGUUUGUUUUAUAAAUCAAAAAUGUUUCUCCUCAUGGUAUCACGGGUGCUGUGUGAGUAAAUGUUGAUUUGAUAUUGGGAAACUGAUAAAUAACUGCAUAUUUUAGCUUUGCUGUCCAAACGCUUCCUUUUCUCAUUGAGAUGAUGCCUCUCAUUUAUUGAAUGUUUGAUUUCUUUCAAGAGGUAAUAACCUUUCUUGUACAUAGAUGUACAGGUAAUUUGCCCAAUUUGUAUGAAAGCAUGUAUUAAGAAUAGGGAAAUAAAUUAUUUAAUGU